UUAAUUGUGAAGCCCAUAAGCCCAUUCUGUUUCUCACUUUUUCAGCUACGGAUGAGCUAAAACCCAUUCUUCAACCCUCACUUCACUCCCAAGAUUUUACCCCGCUUCGUUAAUGGCUGCCAUUAUCUCUUCCUCAAUUCCUCCUAAUUUCAGGAUUAAUCCAAUGUGUUCAAAAACGCAAUUGGGGCACGUGCGAUUACAGAAAUUAUCUAUGUCUUCCUGUAGCCAAAUGAUUGUUCCGUUUCCAAAACGUAGUCGUAGGCUGUAUUUGGUACCAUUUGACACAUUUAAUGGACAGUGUGGAGUGAGAAGUUUUGGCGCAGAUAGCUUGUCCGAUGUUGGAGGCCGACAUCCUCGGAGACAUGUGAUUUCAGGGGUUUUGGGUCCGGAAGUUUCCCAGAGGUCUGACAUUGUUAGUGACACCCACAUGAAAUCACCUGGAAGCUUAAAUGACCUUGAAGAGCAGCUUCAGGAAUUAUUUAUUGAAGUGAAGACCUUAAUUAAAUUGGGGAAGAACGAUGAUGCAGUAGAUUUGCUCCAAGCAAAUUAUGAUGCUGUAAGAGAACAAGUGAAUUCUGGUGCUCAAGGCAUCGAAGAAGCUGCUGCUCUUGAUGUCAUCGCUUUGGGUUUCAUGGCCAUUGGAGAUUUGAGGACUGUGGGAUCCCUAAUGGAUUUGUUGCACAAGAUUGUGAAUGCAUUAAAUGAUGAGGAGCCGCUUAUUGAUUCAAUACUAAUGCAUAUGGGAAAUAUUUAUGCCAAGUUGGAAAAGUUGGAGCUGUCAAUUAACUUCUAUCAAAGAUCCCUGCAAAUUAUGGAAAGAAAAUAUGGAACUAAGAGCUCAUUACUUUGCACACCAUUGAUGGGAAUUGCGACAGUGCUCAGCUCUAUUGGCAGAGCCAGUGAGGCUAUAGAAACAUACCAUCAUGUUAUUAAAAUAUUGGAGUUAAGCAGAGGGGAAGGUGAGGAGUUGAUAGUUCCAUUAAGUGCAUUAGGCAAUCUUCUACAGAAGGAGGGAAAGGCAUCAGAUGCUGAAUUUAUGUUCAAUAGAGUACUAAACAUCUAUACAAGGUUAUAUGGGGAAAAAGAUGGAAGAGUGGGAGUAGCUAUGUGUUCAUUGGCCCAGGUGAAAUGUGCAAUAGGAGAGGUAAAUGAGGCAAUUGAUCUAUAUAAGAAUGCUGUGGAGAUCCUUAGGAAUUCAACACACAUGGCAUUGGAUGAUGGAGUCAUGGAGAAGAUCAGAAUAGAAUUAGCUGAGCUACUUCAUGUUGUGGGAAGAGCAGCAGAAGGCCGAGCCCUGCUGGAAGAGUGCUUGAUAAUAUCUGAAAAAUCCAAAGGAAAACAUCAUCCCAGCUUAGUUCCCCAUCUAGUAAAUCUUGCAACUUCCUAUUCUGGCUCGAAGAAUUUUGCCGAAGCUGAGCGCUUGCUGCGGAUAAGUUUGCAAAUAAUGAUGAUGAAUGUGCCUCCUGAUGACCCAUCUAUUACCUUUCCAAUGUUACAUUUAGCUGUCACUCUUUACAACCUACAUCGUGAUGAAGAAGCUGAAAGACUUGCUGCAGAUGUUCUACGCAUCCGUGAAGAAGCAUUUGGAAAGGAAUCUUUACCUGUUGGAGAGACUCUAGAUUGUUUGGUGUCCAUUAGGACGCGAAUGGAUAAGGACGAUGGUGAAUUAGUGGAGCUCCUCAAGAGGGUUUUGAAAAUUCAGGAAAAAGCCUUUGGUCCUGAUAGCGAAGAGGUUAUGGAAACAAUGAAGAAAAUUGUACAUUACCUGGAGAAAUUGGGGAUUAAAGAUGACAAGUAUCCUCUGCAGAGGAGACUCUCCAUACUGAGAAACAAACACAAACACAUGGUCAAAUAUUAGUGACUUUUGUUGUAUGUUGCGUACUGGAGUCUAGAACUCUGAUUCCGAUGAUUCGAACAAGCUAUAUGAGGUCACAUCACAUGGCACAAGCAACCAACUUCUUUGGGGUCGAGUAAUGAGGGCUUGCGACAUCUGAAGAUAUACCAAUAAAUUUUGUGUGUUCGCCAGUACUGAAGGGGAGGAAAUUGAGAGAAAUUGACAAGGAGGAGCUCUAUCCAAAUCUGCCUAACAUCAACUGAGGCUCGAACGGUUGCUAGACGUGAAGACAGUUUUGUGGCUCCUAUGUGAGCGCUUGUAUGAAGGAAGUGUCUGGAUCGAUGGUGAGAAAAUCGACAGCGGUUGGCUCGAUGGUAUCUGUGAUGUGGCUUUUUAAUUUUCUCAUCAUCGGUCCAGUCACUUCCUUCAUACAAGCGCUCACGUUAGAAGUAAAGAAAUGGUGGAUGCAGAUUUUAUUCGUAGCAUCUGCCGUUUGUUUUUACCAAUAUAAUUCAUCAUUUGUUCCACUUUCGGUAUCUCAUGCACUUCUUUUUUUUAACAAUUUUUAUUUAUGAUAUUUUAGUGUAAUUUUAAAAUAUUUAAGUAGAAUUCACUCAUUCAUUUU